AUGGAAUGAAAACGUCCGGGGAAACGCGGACCGACGUAACGCCGUAAAGCACCGCGUAGAAGCGCAAAUGGCGGGGAUCCAGACUCGACAUUACAGCUCUGGAGUUCUCCUGACACGGCCUGCCUAGUCUACCUUACUGACACUCCUAGUGUUUGCCAGUUUAAUUACUUACUAGCUUUUCUAAUCAGUACCAGCAGCACAGAAAUAGAGUUAAGCCGUGGUUGAAGAACUACGGGUUUGACAGGAGAGGUGAUACCCUGUCAACGUCAGGUGUUGUUUCUGAUACAUUUUACCGUGAUUUAUGACGUGUUCCGUUUUAAUGGCACGCUGUCUUCUGUCAUUAGCGUCAUAGCAGCUAACACGCUAACGUCAGAUAAACUGUAACCCAGCAGAGUCAAUGCGAUCUGCUGUGUGAUCUCUAAACACUCGCCUUUGGAGGGAAAGUGGCCUACAUCCGUAUAAUGCUAGUCUGUGCUCCACUGCUGAGAGCCGCAGCAUCAUACUAAAGUUUACUUGCACUGUUUUAAGUAAGGUAACCCACUAUCAGUUGGUUACCUUGUAUCCCAGCGUCAAACCACGGACUGGUUCUCUUUCACCUAUCGGCCAGCGGCCGGGUCUCCUGCAUGAUGAGUGGUGAUGAACUGAACCCAGCUGCAGUGCCUCAGCCAGUAGAGGAUCUACAUGGAGACGGACGGUGGUUGUCACAGCACACAAGAUUUGUGCAGGAGUGCAAAGAUGGGGAACCAGAGGUUCUUUUUGUAGGGGACUCAAUGGUGCAACUAAUGCAGCAGUAUGAGGUCUGGAGGGAGAUUUUUUCUCCUCUGCAUGCGCUCAACUUCGGCCUUGCCGGGGACACCACCUGUAAUGUGCUGUGGAGGCUGCAGAACGGAGAGCUAGAGAACAUCCGCCCAAAGGUGGUGGUUUUGUGGGUAGGAACCAACAAUCAUGAACACACAGCAGAGCAAGUUGCAGGAGGAAUUGUUGCCAUUGCACAGCUGCUCACUAACCGCCUUCCCAAAGCAAAGAUUGUCGUACUGGGUUUGUUACCUCGAGGAGAGCGGCCCAACCCGCUGAGGGAGAAGAACGCUGCUGUCAACAGACUCCUGUGCUCCUGGCUGCCACGGCUGGGCCAGGCUUUGUUCUUGGACGUGAGCAGCAAAUUUGUCCAUUCCGACGGGGCCAUCGGCUCACAGGACAUGUUUGACUACCUCCACCUGACUUCGACAGGUUACCGCACCCUUGCCAAGCCUCUCAGUGACCUGCUGCUUCAGAUACUGGAGGAGACGCCUGAGGAGAGAAGGGCGUCACUGGUUUAAUGGCUUUGGCCAGGCAGCGAGUCCACCAGGAGGCAUGUCUUACUUGGAGUAGAAAGGGACCUUGAGUGGAGAGUUGUGUGGAGGAGGACACUACUGCAGACAUAGCCACUGAUUGCAUUAUUAAGCUGUAAGUCCAGUUCACUGCAGGCACAGGUAGAAGAAACAAACACUAUACAAUAUUUGACCUGUUAUAUAUUGAGCUGUAAUUCCUAUUUCAAAUCUUAAUCUGGAAAAAAUAUUUUAAUUGUUCAGAGCCUAAUCUUUGGCUGUGUCUUGAUGUCAUCAACCACGAGCAACUGGAGCAAUCUGAAGUAAAGUCUCUCCUGUCACUUGGAAUGCUGCAGACCCUGUGUCAGGUUUAAUUUAUCCAUAUAUUUCUCAGUGUCUGAAAACCAAUCAAAAUUUGGCUUAAAACGUAUAAAGUUAUUGUAACAUAUCUCUAAUCCACACAGGGUCAACAUUUUACAGACAGGUUCAGAUAUAUACAUACACCCUACUAAUGCUUGGAUAAAUUUCCCUUACCAAGUUGCUGAGAAACAUUUUGUAGCCAUCAACAUUCUUCUGACAUAAUUCUUGCUGGAAAUCUGACCUCUCUUCUUUUCAGAAUUGGUGGAGCUAAUUUUAAGUGGAUGGUUUCCUGUGACAGACCUAGAUUUUAACUAGCACUGAAACAAACCCUUGGCAUGACGCUGCCACCACUGUGCUUAAGAGUUUGUACAUUGCUGUUGGGUUUGAAACCCAUACCUGAGCUUCAAGGUGUCUGUUUUGGAGCACGAGCUUGGAUUGUCAUCACAACUUUCAGUUUAUGUUGCUGAUAAACUGGCUUUACUUUGAAUAGCGACAGUGGUGUUCCAACAUCAUUAAUUCAUGUGCUUCCUGGGUUACUGGUAAUGUCUGUUUUAUCUGGGGGCAGCUUGUAUGCGGUGGUUGAAACUUGGACACGGUUGGGUGAUCCCAAACACACACCAAAACUGCUUCUGGAAUGGACAAAGCAUUCUAAUAAGGUUUUGGGAUGGCCCUGACCUACAUACCCUGUUUCAAAUGUAGGAACUAAGUCGAACCGGCCAGUAGACCUACGAUUUUAAAGAGCUUUGCCAUUUUUCAUAAGAGGAGCAGGAAUUAUGCCAAAAACUUGUUGAUGGUUCCAAAAUGCCUGUGGGUUUUCUGCAAUCACCAAUAUACAAUAAUAUUGGUGAUUUUCAUGAUAACAAUAUCACUUGCAAUAUAUAAACAAAUAAUUAAAAGUUGUCAAUCUCUUUCUGGUUUGAGAUCAUAGCAAAGCUUGAGCGCAGAUUACACUUAUCCGAAAAACCUGGAAAAAAAACCUCGAAAAUUCAUUGUUUCCAUCUCGGCAAUAAGGUUUUAUUGAAAAUGUUGCUUUUGGCAGAAGUCUGUUUUGGCAUUAAAACAACGUUAUUGUAGUUUUUUAAAUCACCUCACCACCUCUUUACCUUCUAAAACAUUUAGUGUCACCAAAUAUAUUACAGGCACAGAGAACCUGAAUGCAUUGUAAUUAAAUAAUUGGGUAAUAUUUAUUACAGUCCAAGCAGUUCUUCACAAAAUGCAUAGAGCAAUACUGCAAUUGCCAUACAGCUGCGAUAUAUAGUGUAUGCAUAGUUUUGACUCUGCAUGAAAUCUAAACAAAUGCACCAAAUUCUUGUCUUUAAAUUUCACAGUAGUUGUAUGAUCUUUCAUGAUUUGACCCUCGGGGGGAGAAUGGUUCAGAUGCAACACUAACGGCACAAAAUGUUAUCACACUGAUACCGAUGAGUGUUUGGACUCCAGAAGACAACUGUACAUAGCUGCAUUUAGAAUAUCUCACAGCUUCACUCAUGGGCAAACUAAAUAUUAACCACAUACAGCUAGCCAGUAUCACGUAUUGGUGACAUGAUGCCGUUCACAUUGUAGCUGUCAGUCUUCCAAACAUCUUCAGUGAAGAGCAAAGCUUCUUUCCCAUCCACCAGGUUUAUUUACAUUGCAUUCAGGAGUGAACGUAUGUUUUGGAUUGCAAAUACUAUGGUAACUUCUUUGUAAAUGCUUGAAAAUUAGUAUCCUGCUAGCUGUUACCAAAAAAAGAAAAUGUGAGUCGUUGCUACAGCUUUGCUUCUGUCUUAUUGUGCAUUUCUUCCUUGUGUACAAUUUUGAUUGUGUGCUAUAUAUGUCGGCACAAGCCAGUAUGAUGAUCCAAGCAAAAUCAUUUCAGUUUCACAACACACACAUUUUAAAAUAUAAAAGUAAAACAAGAUAAAACAACUUACAUUUAAAAUGGGAGGAAUUCAUUGUUCUCUUUGCUGUAAAAAUAAUAUAUUAAUUAUUAGUUAUAUUAUUAGCUACAACAUUUUUGUUAUUUUGAUGCAUAAACCUAAGCAAAAAUGUAGACUAUACACCUGCUAAACUAAAUUAUAGUUUGCAGAGUAUUAUAUCUUCACUUCUCUGCUCUCUGAAGAGCAGUACAACAAGCUGAUAUUGGCUGCUUAGUCAGGCUAUCUACUCCCAUACAACCUGCAGUCGGCUGCUUACUGUACUGUUACCUUUGUAUGAGAUGGGUGACAUUCUUUGUGUCCACAUUACUCAAAUUCUGUAAGUUACUCAAGUUUCUUGUAAGUGUGAAAAGAGUGUUGUACUCUUCUUUUAGCUACCUGACAGUGUGCAUCAACAGGUAGGGGAGUGGCACGUUGUAUCACAGUAUAGUUCAUACAGCACUUUCUCUGGAAUGUCUUUAAAGACUUUCUACCAGGACCAGUCGGAUGGAACCUGUUAGCUGUUCUGAUAACUUUUUAUCAGGUAACCGGCCCAUGUCUAUUGACAUGAUAUUGUCUUUUAACCUCUUACUAAUACACACAAAUACUUGUCCAUCUCUGUUUUUGUUUUUUUGGUUUUAUUGUCAAAAAGUUGUCAAAUUUCCACAAAGCUGUUUUGUUUGUUGCUGACGCACUUGACUCUGACAUCCUGUAAUCUGUUCAUUGUGUUAUCGCUAAUGAAGAUUAUUGGUCAAACUAUAUUAGAUAUCAUCACUCAAAAUACUAAGAGCAAUGUAAAAACCAUACAUAAUGAAUAAUCUGUGAGCUUAUGCUGUGGCUCCUGUUGCACAUCGGGUUAUCCGCCAUUACUGCUGUCUUAUGCAUUGCACGUGUGUGAGUAUGUGUGUGUUUGUGUGUGUGUGUGUGUGUGUGUUGUACAAAUUCUGUGUGCCUUAAGUGUGUACAGUGAGUCUGGUGCUGGACUGUCUAGAAAUGAGCCAUGUUGUGUGAAGGACAUGAGAUUCGAGGGAAUAAAAAGGAAGCGUCAGAUUGCUGCUGUAUGAUAGAAUAUUGGCACUGUUGUGGCUUGUCGUCAUGUUAUUGAGUUAAAACAUUCCAAUAAAGAGGAAUCCAACCAUG